ACUGCGUAUGGGAAGAUAAUAAUAGUGUUGUUUGGUUCAUAAACCGACACCUCUUCUUUCUGCAGUUGGUAUGUUCCUACGUCCUUUACUUGCUUGUGUGAGGAGCUAAAGGUGCGCAGCUCGGUGGAAACAUCAGGAACAAUGGUCAACUUUGCAGCAGCUGCCCGCCAGUACUGGGUACACUUAUUUGUUCCAACGGGCUUCGUGAUCGGGUGGUACCUUGACAAACUUAAUGAUCAGAAGUUGACAGCUUUCAGAAACAAGAGCCUAUUGUAUAAAAGGGAGCUGAAGCCUGGUGAGGAAGUCACCUGGAGCUAGACGUUUCCCUGGUUUGGAAGUCCUGUCACCUGUGGUGUGAAUGAAAGAUGGAUGGUCCUCAAAUCACAUUUUUAAGGAGAAUCCUGUACCUCUUCCUUUGAGUUGUAUCAACCAAUAAUAAAUAUGCCCUUUGUCAUCAAAA